AUGCAGAAUGUCAAGACUCAAAAUACUCAUAUGAACAACGAUUUGAAAUUGUCUAAUUAUGGAAGUGAGCCAAUGGAAGAUGUCACACUUUAUAGGUCCAUAGUUGGGGGAUUACAAUAUGCUACUAUAACACGACCUGAGCUUUCAUACUGUGUAAACAAGGUGUGCCAAUUCAUGCAAACACCAUUACAACAACACUGGAUGGCUGUAAAAAGAAUACUUCGCUACAUAGCAGGCACACUUGACUACGGGCUACAUCUUCAACCUGCCCCAGAUUUUUCCAUUGAAGCAUCUUGUGAUGCCGAUUGGGCUGCAAACCCUGAUGAUCGUAGGUCUACAACCGGUUACCGCAUCUACUUAGGAGGGAAUCUUGUUGCCUGGAAGUCACAAAAAUAA